UGAUCAUAGCAGAGGGAGGAAGAACACGAGAGAGUGGAGGGGUGUUGGCUACCAACAGAUUACGAUUACGAAUCAUCUUUCUCAAAUCAACCGUUUCUUCAACUGUCAUUGCCCCAUUCGUCAAUUUCAAAUUCAUUUCUACGAGUUUCCGUUCUGUGUUCUGGUUUCCAACCCACAAUGCCGAAGAAAGUGAAGGUCGUAAUGAUGGACACCUUGAUGAAGAAUCAACCCAACACGUUCAGAUCCAUCUUCCAGCGCAAGAAAUCCAGGAAUGGCGACGAACCAUCCCCUUCCGAUUCUCCAAAAUCCAUCCCUAACUUGUCUUCCCUCGCCAAUUCCGUCGUCGUUCGCUGCUCCAAGAUUCUUCAACUGUCCACUGAAGAAAUACUACAUCUUUUUGAUUCAGAGCUACCUGGAAUUAAUAAGGAACCUGAAACUUAUUCUAGAAGUUUGUUGGAAUUUUGCUCAUACCAAGCACUUUAUUCAAUUAUCAAACGUCCAGAUUAUUUAAGUGACAAGGACUUUCGUCGCUUGACAUAUGACAUGAUGCUUGCUUGGGAGUUCCCUGGUAGUGGAAGCGAACCACUCCUGCAAGAAACUGCUUCUUGCAGUAAUGAGGAAGUAGAGGAUAAGGAAGAGUGGUCACUAUUUUAUUCAAAUUCUACAAACAUGGCUGUUCAGUUUGAUGACAAGAAAACUGUUGGGUCAGAAGCUUUUGCACGGAUAGCUCCUGCUUGCAUUGCUCUUGCUGAUAUCAUAACUGUCCACAAUCUUUUUGAUUCACUGACGAGCUCUUCAGGUCAUCGACUUCAUUUUCUUGUCUUCGACAAAUAUAUUAGAAGUCUUGACAAGGUUAUUAAGGCAACCAAAAAUUCGUUGCACCCAUCAACUGGAAAUCUUCAUCUUUCCGAAGGAGAAAUUGUCCUUGAAAUUGAUGGUACAGUACCCACUCAACCAGUCCUUCAGCAUAUUGGCAUUUCUGCAUGGCCUGGGAGGUUGACACUGACCAGUCAUGCCUUGUACUUUGAGUCAUUGGGUGUUGGUUUAUACGACAAAGCUGUUAAAUAUGACCUGGGAGCCGACAUGAAGCAGAAAAUAAAACCUGAACUUACAGGACCGCUGGGUGCCCGUCUCUUUGAUAAAGCUGUUAUGUACAAGUCAACAUCUGUGAUAGAACCUGUUUAUUUAGAGUUUCCUGAAUUCAAAGGCAGUUCUCGCCGGGAUUAUUGGCUGGAUAUCUGUCUUGAGAUCCUGCGAGCACAUAAGUUUAUAAGGAAGCACAAUCUAAAUGAAGUUCAGAAAUCAGAAGUACUUGCGAGGGCAGUUUUUGGCAUUUUCAGAAUUCGUGCAAUUAGAGAAGCUUUCCAUGUUUUUUCAUCACAUUACAGAACCUUACUCACUUUUAAUCUGACAGAAAGUCUUCCUAGGGGAGACUCAAUUCUGGAAACGCUCUUGAGUCGAUUGAUGUUGCUAAAUACAGAUUGUUUCCAGCAUGAUGGCUCUGGGAGUCCAUCUGCAAAGCAGCAUCGACGACCAUAUCCAGUUUUUCUUCUAGCACUAAGUCAACUUGGAUUCACCUUACAGAAAGAGAUAAGUUUUGAAUGCGACAUAUUCCUAAUUGGAGAUGUUUGGGUUGGUGAGACAAAUCCCUUGGAAAUUGCAGUGAGACAAUCAAUAUCAGAUUCAGGCAGGGCUGAAGCUGCUCAAGCGACUGUUGACCAAGUGAAAGUGGAGGGUAUUGAUACAAAUCUUGCAGUGAUGAAGGAACUGUUGUUUCCAUUUGUGGAAUUGGCUAAUCGUCUUCAGAUUUUGGCCUCGUGGGAAGACUCUUACAAAUCAACGACUUUUCUACUGCUGUUCUGCUAUGCUAUUGUAAGGAAUUGGAUAAGGUUUAUUUUGCCAUGCAUUCUAGUGCUUCUUGCGGCUCUCAUGCUUUGCCGUAGAUACUUUGGCAAAAGCAAGCCACUAGAACCGUUCAUGGUCACAUCCCCUCCUAAUCGAAAUGCUGUAGAACAGUUGCUGACCUUACAAGAAGUCAUCACUCAAGUUGAAGCAUGUAUUCAAGAUGGGAAUAUUCUUCUCCUAAAAAUAAGAGCUCUCUUAUUUGCAGUACUUCCACAGGCAACGGACACGGUCGCUCUAGUGCUCAUUCUUGCCGCUUUAAUCUUUGCAUUUCUGCCAUUUAAAUACAUAAUCAUGCUGGUACUCGUAGAGGCGUAUACGAGGGAAAUGCCAUACAGGAAGGAAACGAGUAACAAAUAUUUUAGGAGGGCAAGAGAAUGGUGGAUCAAAAUACCAGCAGCUCCUGUUCAACUUGUCAAACCUGAUGAUAGUAAGAAAAAGAAAUCAUAAAAUUAGUUUGAUGUCAUGAUUUUGAGCAUCGUCUCCUCACCUUAAGGUAUUUUGUAUAUAUAUUAAGGUCUCGAGAAAUCUACAUUUUUCUUAAUGAUUAUAGUUACAGUUCUUAUUACA